ACCGAGUAUGCGAGGGAGGCAAUGUGAUAAAAAGGAAAAGUAUAGAGAGAAGGACCACCUCCACAAGUGAAAAUCUUGAUUUUGUAAUCGUGCUUUAUCAUCUUAAAAUGAGAAUUGAUUUUGUAAUUCUGCUUUAAUCUCGAAAAACACAAAGAACUAGAACGAUGAUCUUCCCUUUUAUGCUCAAACUUCAAAGUUCUUUCAAUUUGUUCUUUAGUACGAGGGGAUUUCAUAUGCACAUCAGAAUCGAUGCAAAUGCCUGCAAGAUCCCGAAACUUGUGAUCUAUUUCAUACAUAAUUGAAGCAUUGAUUCAAGGGUUUUGCAUGGGACAUGAUGAACGGGAAUCCCAAUUUCAGAUCAAAGUUUAUGAAGAUGGAAUUCCCAAUUCCAUGGAGGAAGCAUCGCAUCAAGACUGAUUCUCUUCAUAUCUUUCCUCGAUUACAAACUCAUACUCAUGUUCUUACUCUUAGGUACGCUCAACGGCCGCUUGAUGUUUAGCAAUUUCAACGUCUUCUGGAACUGAAACGUUGUUCAUUACGGAUUUUGAAAAUUGAAAACCUAAUAUUGUUAUAGUUCGAGAUUGACUGUAUAUAUUUGAUUAUUUUAAAUGAAAAAACUUGAACGCCUUUUGCUUCCUCCUGAAAGCUUUGAUUUAUAUGAAGUCAUUCCUGUCCAUUUAUUAUAACUUAAAUCCCAAUCCUUAUUCAAUUCGGCUGCUUCCUUUUAUGAAGGUAACAAAAUCCAUACAUUAAAAGAUGAACAAUCUUCAUCCAUGAACAUUCCACAUAAUCCUUUAUAUAUUCUUUAAUCAAGGAUCACCUUUUUGACUUUAAACAAGGAAGAUUCACACCCCCUCCUUCGUUUGAAUCACUAACAGUUUGUGCCAACCCGCAAAAUAUUCUUGACAUUUAUCUUACAGAGACACAAAAGGACUUGCCUCAACAUGAAGAAACUCAUGUAACAUAACAAACUUUAGAUAACUCUUUUUUACUUAACAAAGACUUCCAAAUGACUUCCAUAACUGUUUACAAAUUUGACUUCAUUUAUUUUUUCCCUCCAUUUUCCCUAUUGAGAGUUGUCAACAUGAUACAUAGCGUAUUGAGGACUUAGCAAAGCGUUUAUGGAUAAAUGGGACAUGGACCAAAGAGGGAGAAAGAGGCCCAUGUUAUUUCACGUUUUAAAUUAUCCAGUUUAAUUGUAAAAUGACUAAAAUCACAUGACUUUCCUUCAAAAUCACGUGAUUGAUUAAACAUUUAAUUUUUGGAAAUUUGACUAAGCACUUUUCAUGUUGCUUAUUUCCAUUUCGAGUCACAAAAUAUUUGCAAGGAGACACAUUUGUAUUUACAAUCUUUAGACGAAGAGCUGACAAUAAACCAGCAGAAAUACACAAACACUAACUACCAUAAAAGCAAUUACUUGACCCAUAAAAAUGGGUCCAGGUGGAUGUGGAUGUGAAUGCAAUCCAUGACCCGAAAACCAACAUAUUAUGAUCAAGAUUCCUCAUAUCUUCUAUAUCAUUAAUUACUUUCAUCAAGCUAGCUUUCGUCUGCAAUCUUUGUGGGGCUGAGGGGACAUAAGUUCUCCAAAAGUCAAGAACAAAGAUUGUUUGACUGAAACCCCUUAUUAUAUGUACUCUCUCUACCCGACUCCACAUUGCCUUACAACAAAACACUUCCUUUACCUUCCUUUAUCUGUCUUUUAUGAUCAGUUUGAUGUUUAUCUAUAAAAGAUGUUGAUUCAACAUAAUAUGCUAUCCUCAUUUCCUAUUUGAUUAGUUUCAGCAAUCAUGUUGUGUACAAUCAGCAUUAAUGUCUCAUCAUCUAGUCAGGUACAAGAAAGUUAUACAAUGCUUCCGCUGUUUUCCAUGAUAGAUGUCAUUCUCCAAGUUUAAAACCUCACUUGUUACAAAAACGAAAUUUUUUUUGCUUAUUGAUUAGCUUCUUAUGCAAAAAGUGUUUGGACCCACAAACUGGGAAAGACCGAUUUGAUUCCAUAGUUCCUAAAGAUGGACUCACUAGAUACAAAAGGGUUCUUUUUGUUCAUCUUACACCUCUCCCUUUCCAUUCCAAUCGUCCUUUCCGUUUCCCUUUCCAUUCCAAUCGUGUAUGCUUGGAGUGACACAAUCACUUCAGCUAUUCCAUUGAAAGACGGAAACACCAUAGUUUCCUCUAGCGGACUCUUUGAAAUGGGAUUCUUCAGUCCCGGGAUUUCAAUGAACAGAUACAUUGGCAUAUGGUACAAAAAUAUACCAACAAAAACCGUUGUUUGGGUCGCGAAUAGAGACACCCCUGUUCCUAACAAAUCCGGUGUUUUAAAGUUAACAAAUCCCGGGAUUCUCUCCAUUUUAAACGACAAGAACACGAUCAUCUGGUCUUCAAAUACCUCAAGACCCACAAACAAUCCAAUCGCACAGCUUUUAGAUUCCGGGAAUCUUGUUGUGAAAGAUAAAAAUGAUGUCAUCUGGCAAAGUUUUGAUUAUCCCGGUGAUACCCUUCUACCAGGAAUGAAGAUUGGGAAAGACUUAGCGACUGGGCAUGAGAAUUAUAUCACAUCAUGGAAAAGCGAUGAUGAUCCUUCUAAAGGAGAUUACACCUUCGGAUGUGAUCUUCGUGGGUACCCACAUCAAAUUAUUAAAAAAGGGUCGGUGAUCCAAUACCGAAGUGAACCCUGGAAUGGAAUUGAUUUCGGUGGGAUUUCCGUCCUCCCACAGAAUGCAAUUUACAAAUUUGAUAUGGUUUUUAAUCAAAAACAAGUGUUUUAUAGUUACAGAAUGAUAAACUCUUCCAUGAUAUCGAGGUUGACCAUGAAUCGAACCGGUGUUGCACAACGUUGGGUGUGGGCUGACCAAGUCAACGAUUGGGUUGUUUACUUUUCUAUCCCUACACCUGAUGGUUGUGAUUUGGUAUGUGGUGCUUAUGGUAGUUGUAGCACUAACAGCUUCCCGAAAUGUGGGUGUUUGGAUAAGUUUGUGCCAAAGUAUCAAAACGAAUGGAAUGGGGCAAAUUGGUCAAAGGGCUGUGUGAGAAGGAAGGCGUUGGAUUGUAAGACUGAUGGGUUUGUGAAGUAUACAAAUCUUAAAUUGCCGGACCCACAAAAUUCGUUGUUUUAUGGGAAUAUGACACUUGUGGAAUGUGAGAAGUUAUGUGUGAAAAAUUGUUCGUGUAUGGCGUAUGCAAAUAUUUUGAAAAAAGGAUUCGGGUGUUUGAUUUGGACGGGUGAUUUGGUUGAUAUUCAAGCAGCUCCAUCUUAUACUUCCGAGAUAUAUAUCAGGGUAGCUUUUUCUGAAUUAGGUGUUUCAAGUUCUCUAAAGAAGAAGAAGAAGAAAAUAAUUCCAUUGAUCAUAGCAUUAGUUAGUGGGGUGUUGAUAACCUUGGGUCUGGUGUUCUUUAUUUGGAGAAAAUGGAUUAGGAAGAAGUCGGUGCCCAAGGGAGAAGAUGAAGAUGUUGGAAAUGAUACUGAUCAACUUUACACCAAUGAAAGUCAGAAGGAUGAUCUUGAGCUGCCAUUGUUUAAUUUAUCAGAAAUAGCAAAAGCGACACAUAAUUUUUCGUUUAAGAAUAAGCUUGGAGAAGGUGGCUAUGGGCCGGUUUACAAGGGUGUUCUUCCAGAUGGAAAAGAAGUGGCUGUGAAGCGACUCUCAAAGACAUCAAAUCAAGGGCUUGAUGAAUUCAAAAAUGAAGUUAUUUGCAUAUCCAAACUUCAACAUAGAAAUCUUGUGAGGCUUCUUGGAUGUUGCAUUCAAGGAGACGAAAAGAUGUUGAUCUAUGAAUACAUGCCUAAUAAAAGCCUCGAUUACUUCAUAUUCGAUGAAAGCCGAAGAAUGUUACUUGAUUGGCCGGAGCGGUUCAACAUUAUGAAUGGAAUAGCUCGAGGGUUGCAGUAUCUUCACGAAGAUUCAAGAUUAAGAAUUAUUCAUAGAGAUCUCAAAGCAAGCAAUAUUUUGCUUGAUUUUCAUAUGAUUCCUAAAAUAUCGGAUUUUGGGAUGGCAAGAAGCUUUAUAGGAAACGAGACUCAAGCAAAUACCAUGAAAGUGGUUGGAACUUACGGUUACAUGUCUCCGGAAUAUGCAGUGGAUGGAGUUUUCUCGGUAAAAUCAGACGUAUUUAGCUUCGGUGUUUUGGUGUUGGAGAUUGUUACCGGAAAGAAAAACAGAGGAUUCUUUCACCAUGACCACCAUCAUAACCUUCUUGGCCAUGCAUGGAUACUUUAUCAAGAAGGGAGGUGUGUGGAGCUAAUUGAUGCGAAUUUAAGUGACUCGUGCCAUUUAUAUGAAGUGAUGCGAUCAAUUGAAGUUGCUUUGUUGUGCGUUCAAAGAAAUCCGGAAGAUAGGCCGAGCAUGUCUUCGGUGGUGGUGAUGCUCAGUAGUGAAAGUGAAUUGCCACAACCGAAGCAACCUGGUUUCUUCUACACGGAGCAUGACCCUAAAGAUGACACGUCAUCUAGCACCCAUGUACCAUCUUCAACCACUGCAAUGACCAUUACGUUAGUGGAUGGUCGGUAGAUGAAUGUAAAAGUUGGUUGAAUAUAUCAUAUAUGUUGUUUUGUAAUAUGUAAUGGAAUGAUCUUUAUGUUAGUAAAUGUACGUAAAAUUAUAGAGUAA